AUGGUCAGAGAUACUAAAUUAUACGAAACAUUAAACGUACCAAUAACGGCAACGACACUAGACAUUAAAAAGGCAUACAAGAAACUUGCAUUGAAGUACCAUCCCGACAAAAAUAACCAUUCCGAGGAUUCCAAGACGAAAUUCCAAGCCGUAUGUCAGGCAUACGAGAUAUUAAACGAUAAGCAAUCGCGUGCCAUUUAUGAUGCCCUUGGUAUCACAGAUGAAGCACUCAUCGAGCAACAAAAGAAACAGCAGCAGCAACAACAUCAGCAACAGGGCGGAAUGGAAUUCCCUCCCAUGGGUAUGUCCCCCGGGGAUCUGUUUGCUCAAUUCUUUGAUAAUAAUAAUAAUGCUGCCAAGCAACCAUCACAAUCACAGAUGCAUGCAUAUCCCAAUUUUAAGAGUGAAAGUCAUGUCACCAAUGGCAAGGCUGAUCACCCGCUUCAUAGGGGUCCCGAUAUCAAACAUGUGUUGAAAUGCACGUUGAGGGAACUGUAUAAUGGUAAGAUGGCGAAAUUAGCAUUGAAUAGAACGAGGUUAUGUUUGCCUUGUAAUGGAUUUGGUGGAUUACAAAGAACUACGUGUGAAUCCUGUCAGGGGGAUGGGUUCCAGACGCAAACUAGGAGGAUGGGCCCCAUGGUACAGACUUGGACACAAACGUGUGCUAGUUGUGAUGGGGCCGGAUGUUUUAUUAAACCGAACGACGUAUGUCCUCAUUGCCAUGGGGAGGGGUUUAUUAGAGAAAGAAAAAUAUUCCAUGUGGAGGUGAAGCCAGGGUUCCAAGAUGGUAAGGAUGUUAUCAUGCAAGGUGAAGCAGAUGAGAUCAUGUUGAAUAAUCUGGUUAAGGAGAAAGUGAUCCCAGGGGACGUUGUCAUUACAAUUAAACAAUCGCGAGACGAGAAUAAUUGCUUCCAAAUGAUCAAUAAUAAGGAUUUACUCAUGAAUGGAUGCCCCGUGGACCUUGUCACGAGCCUGUGCGGUGGAGAAGUAUAUAUUGAUAAUCAUCCCAGUGGGAAACUGAUCAAAUUAGAUAUAAUCCCCGGAGAAAUACUGAAACCGAAUUGUUUUAAGAUUAUAGAGGGUUUAGGUAUGCCCUAUCUGGAGGAUGGUAAGGAUGACACAAUGCUCCGGAGGGGUGACUUGUAUAUACAAUUUAAAAUACAAUACCCUGAACAAUUAGAGAAUGAAACGAUGACUCAAUUGAAGGCACAGUUAAAUAAGGACAAAUAUGUCAAGGAAGAUCUCCGAAGGGAGAAAGAAGCCAUUGACCAACGGUUAGACGAUUGCGUCGAGGUAGAAGAAUGCGUGCUAAGCAGCUUUAUUGCGCCAGACGCAGAGACACUAAGGAAAUACAAGGCGGAUUAUAGGAGGCGACGCAAUGCGAUGCAAGAGGAUGAGGACGGCAGUCCCAAUAAGAAACGCAAGUGCUUCCCUGAAGAAGCCUACCACGACGAGGACAAUCAGGAGGAUUGUAUAAUUACUUAA